AAGACAUAUAUUUUCCCAGCCCCCAGGUAGCCGCUCUGCAAUGGGAGUCCCAGAGAGAGUUCAUCAAUCAGGACACCUCCACUAAUGUAUUCAUUGCUGCUUUCACUACUGCCUGGGCAAGGCUAAAACUGUACUCGGAAAUGGACAAAUUGGGGGAGGCUGUUCUAUAUCAUGAUACAGAUUCCAUUAUUUAUGCAAGCAAUGGGGACAAUGACCCACCUAUCGGCAGCUUUUUAGGUGAUUUUACAGAUGAAUUAGACGGCGACGUUAUCACCUCAUUUGUAUCCGGAGGUGCAAAGAAUUAUGCUUACACUACUAAGAGUGGAAAAACUUGUUGCAAAGUUAGGGGUUUUUCACUGAAUGCAAGGAAUAGUGAGCUACUCAAUUUCGAGUCUGUGAAACAUCUGGUUUGCUCGUUAGAUAAGGAAACUACGAUUCCAAUUCAUAACCCCUCCAAAAUCACACGUCAACCGAAGAAGAAGAAGGUUAUCAAUACAGAGGAGACAAAAAACUACCGGAUCGUAUACAACAAAAGAAUUGUCAAUCCAAAUGGGUAUACAACAUUACCAUACGGCUAUUGAAGCGAAAGACGAGUCUAUCAUCUAUCCCCAUACACACACAAACACACACCAAAAAAAAAGGUCCUUUUAAGGACCAAAAAAACUACACCACUAAUAUAUAUUCAUCUUUAUUUUUCAGAGGGGGUAGAGAGUAAGUAUUUUUUUAAAAUUUUAUACUUUUGUA